UCUCCUCCUCCUCCCACUUCCUCCGCACAGCGCGGGCUGCCGGCCGAGGAGGGGCAGCGGCCCCCGUUCCCCCGUCCGCGCCGAGCCCCCAGCCGAGCCCGUAGCGAUGCGCCGGGGGAGGCACCGCGCCGCAGCCGCAGGAAGGCCAGCUCACCUCUCCGGUGGCGACACCGGCACCAGCGUAUAAAUGGCCUCAAAACGGUACUCGCAGUCUGCAGGCCCCGUGAUCUUCAAGAAGCUACCUCGUCUGGAGCCCGCCCCCAGCUUCCUGCCCAGCAAAAUCUCAGGCUCAUCCAGCCCCGAGCCCCACCCUGGCUCUGAAACCCAUUUCAACUACAAGGGCUCCUACUUUGCCUGCCCGCUGCAGAGCCCCGAGGGCCCCCAGCAGCCCCCGGCUGGCUGGAGCCCCACGCCCACCUACCUGCACUACGGCCCCGGUGCCCUGAGCCAGCCCGUGCCGGCCGAGGCGCCGCUGCUGGGCUUCCUGCUGUACCCACCAGAGAGCCUGGGCAGCAGGCUGCAGCGCCUGGACACCCAGAAGAGCAAGGACAGCCUGAGCCAGGAGCAGCCGAUGGCCAGAAAGAAGCUGGACAGUCCCAGGUGCCCCUUGCCGGUGAAGAAGCCAGUAGUGGUGAAGAAGACAGCUCCUCUAGCAGUCCCCAAGCCGGUGUACGGAGCCCCCGCCUCCUUCCUGGCUCCCAGGAUGGCUCUGCUACUGGGAACACAAGCAGAGAGCCUGCAGCAGCGACCAGGGGAGGCAACUUGGGCCCUGCCCCCUGCCACCCACCCUCUGCACCCCAGUGAGCCCCACAAGAGUGGUCCUAGUGUUGACCACAGCCUCCUGCCGCUGCCCUCCAGCUUGGCCCUGCCUUCCAGAGAGCAGCUGAGCUCCCCCGCUGCCUUACCCCACUACUGCAUCACCUUUGAUAAGUACAGGUCACCCCCCAGCACCCCGUUCCUGGAAGCAAGUUGUCCCUCUGCCCAGAGCCAGAAGAAGGUGCCGGAGGUCCCCAGCCUCAGCCUGGACCCCUGGCCCAAGCUGCAGCCACCUGACAGCAGCCCAGUGAUGCAGGAGAGGUCAGCAAUGUGCUACCCAGCCUCCCCAUACCCGCUGUCACCCCACAGAUCUGGCCCCCUCUGCCACCCCCCAGCUCCCAGUGUGGGAGAGCCCAGCGCCCUGCCCAGCUUUGGCUACGUGGGGAGCAGGGAGCCCUUUCCCAGCACCUACCUCAAGCCCCAAGAGCCCAGGAGUCACUUUCCCAGCCCCUUGGAGCCCUACAUGCCGAGGACAGCGGGUGCCAGGCUGAGGGAUGCUGAGCCGGCCAGGGAUGCCGAGCUGCCCAGGAGCAGCGGGUACCCGGGGUUUGCCGUCAGCCCGGGCGAUGCGUCCGUGUUCCACGCCUCCUUUCCCGGCAUGGAGCCGGGCUGUGAGCAGCACAGGGCAGACAGUCCGCAGUGGCGAGCAGGACCGAGGCACAGCAGCGCUUUCCAGCCCGUCUGCGCCUCAGAGAAACUUUCGGGGGGCUCCGGUGGGCUCGCUGAGAUGUUUCCCGAGAGAGGAGGGAGCUGGGAGAAACCCAGGCGAGGGGAGGAGGAGCCUCUGUACCCCGGGAGGAGGAACAGCAGCCCAGCCCCUCAGGACACCCCCCAUGGGGAAGGAAAUGCCUGCAAGGUCAAGGAUCCAGCCAAGGAGCUCAUCUGUCCUUCUCCGUCUGUGACCCCCAUUAAAGGGCUGAAAGACAAGAGGGACACCAAAGCUUUGUCAUCCUCCCCACCAAUGCCUGUGAUCCACAACGUCUUCAGCCUGGCACCUUACCAGGAGUACCUGGAGAAGGCCAACGGCACAGACUCCAUCCUGUUCUGCAGGAAGCAUCUGUGGGAGGACUCUUCACCCCAAAACAUGGGUGGCAGCCAGGAGCCUGCUGCCCUCAGAAUUGUCUCGGUGGUGUCCAGCCUGAGGUCGGGUAGAGAUGCAGUGCAGAGCCAAGAGGAAAGCUGCUACAGGAGCAUCCCUAAAAAGCCAAAGCCUGUGCCCCAAGAGCUGGAGUCUCAGGAGGGCAGCCCUGACAGGGUGGGCACCGAGGAGCCACCCCCUAAGGAAAUGGUGCUGGACCUUAGCUUCAAGAAGAGACUGGUAGAAGCUGGGGACACCCAGAGACCCUCUGGCUGUGCGGAGGGGACACUGGACCGAGAUUAUAAGGACGAGAAAGAGGCUGCAGGAGGGAAGGUGGGGUUGGGAGAGGGGGCGCAGCCCCGGAUGCCUGAGGAAGACUCAGGGGACAGGAGCAACUUCCAGAGCUCAGCCAACUUCAUGUUCCAAAAAUACAAGCUGCUGCCCUCCCUCCCACCCAGCACUGAGCCACCCCAGCAGGAUGGCAGCUCUCAAGUCCCCCAGCCCAGCCCCCCCAGCAGCACCCCCACACCAGCUCACCCAGCCUCCUCUCCAUCCAGCAACCCCCCAUUCCCAUCAUCUGGCCCCCAGCUUAGCAUCAUCCUAGCCCCAAACCCUCCCCAGAUUGUGCCUCCCAAAGCCCCCUCCACUCCAGAGGAGGAGAAGGUGUUGGUGGUCAAGAAGGUUGAUGUUGUCCCCUCACGGAGCCCCUCGGGGCAGCACUUCACCACCCUGCACACCUUGCUCUGUGACACGAUUUCUGGCUCGGUGUCCCGCUCCUCCCCAGAGCUCCUGCGGCAGUGGCUGAAGAAGGCUGAGCUGGCAGAAGAGCUGGGAGAGAUGCCCAAAUCCCUGCCCAGCCCCAAAGAUGGCUCCAAGGCUCCCAAUCCUCAGAAGCCCAGCAAUGGCAAGGAGAUCUGGCUGGCUUUCCAAGACGUGGCCGCGCUCCUCACCAAACUGCUCUCCCAGCUGAAGACCUUCAUGUCCGCUUGCCCUUUCCCCCACGUCGUCCGGGCGGGAGCCAUCUUCAUCCCCAUCCACGUGGUGAAGGAGAAGCUCUUCCCAAAGCUCCCCGGGAGCUUCGUGGACCAAGUGCUGCAGAAGCACAAGGUGGAGCUGCGUCCCACCACUCUCUCAGAGGAGAGGCACCUGAGGGACCUGGAGCUGAAGAGCUGCACAUCCCGCAUGCUGAAGCUCCUGGCGAUCAAGUGGCUUCCUGAAAUCUACCCUGACCUGCUCAACCUCCACUGGCACAGCUCCAUCCAGGAGCAGCUCGAUUCAAGCUCGGAGACUGGCCAGCAGCCUUCCAAGUAGCCCUGUCCUGGAGGCACUGAAAACUGAUGGCAAAGCAACAGCCACAGAGAGAUCAAGGAAAAGGAGGCACUGAGGAAUGUGUCAAGGGCAACAGCCAAAUGAUGACGGGGAUGGGAAGGUCCCAGGUCCCCAGAGUCGAGGAUGCCGACACCACCAGCAGCCCUGCAGGCAGGUGCUCAGGUCCCACUGGCAUCAGGAUCAUCCAGGAUACUGAUACCUUGCCAGGGACCCUCUGGGGAUGCUGCUCAGGGUGGAGAACAGCUCAGUGGUUUUCCAGGGACACACACACACACAGAUGCUGCUGGCGGGUUAUCCGGGCCCGCAGGCUUGGGCUCGAGCCCCUCACGGCAGCUGCAGCAGCUGCUUUUCUUUGAGUGGAUCAUCUUUCAGUGCAUCUCCUGCCUCCUUCUGUGAUUGCCCUGGGAGUGGCUGGAGUUCCAGUGAAGCUGGAGCAAGAGGAGCAUGAAAAUGGCCACAGCACCGUCCCCAGCCUUGGAAAAAGGGACUGCAGGGAUGACAUCCCACCUCCUCCUCUCUCUGAAUCCCCCUCCUGCUUUAUCCAUGCCUUUCCCAAUAAAGAUCCCCUUCCUCUAGGAUUUUUGCCUUUAAAGUGCCACAAAGACAUGGCACAACAGCAAGGGCAAGGGAAUCAUGACUUCCAUAGUCCCAGGACUAAGUUGGUUUUGUCAUAAAUGAAGACAUUUUACAAAUGUUCUGGAUUUACCUUUAUAAGGAGCUGCUGCCUUCAGGUCAUGUGUUUUGGGGUUGUUUUUUUCUUUAAAUACAGUAAUUUAUACGUGUCUUUUUAUUUAAACUAAAAGGCUGCAAGAAACAUUUAAAGACUCUUAAAGAAAAGAAAACCAAAUCACUUCAUAUCCCAGAUCCUGUCCCAGAGGAGAAUGUGGGAGAUGCACGUUUAGGGACCAGCUCGGUGGAGACUAAAGGGGCAGAGAGGGGAAUGAUGCUGCCAGACCUUGGAAGGAAGGAUCCUUUCAUCCCAAAGGGUUAUGGGCGUGCCAGGAGGGAUGUGGGCAUCCCAGGACUAAUGGACAGCCCCACACCCUGGGGGGCUGCAGCAGGGUACACAGCAGAGGCCUUAAAAUCUCAUCGCUCAGGUGUUCUUCAAGCUGCUGCAGGGCAUGGAGGAGAACAAAACAAGGGUUAUUCGAAUUUUUUAUUCCACUACAGGGAAUAUUUAUUUUAAACUAAGAAGAUGGGGGAGGUGUGGGGUGUGGGUAGAAAUGACCCUACCUAAACUGUACUUAUUUUAGCCAAAAGGUGUGUUUGCUACUGGGGGAUUUCUGUGGGUGCCUUCCUGUUUUCUGUGGGGAUGGGGUGGCUGUGGAUGGGUUGGGUAAGGGGAAUGCUGCUGUUCUCCUCACUCCCCCCCCACCACUCCAUGCCUGUGCACGGUGAUUCGGAAAGCAGUGUUUGUUAAUAAUGUUGAUUUUGUACAUAUAAAGGUUCCAGGGAAGAAAGUUCCUUCCCUUUAUUUAAUUUUUUGGUAAGAACAUGAAGAGUUGCCUCA